UCAAUAUAAACCUGCCUCCUGUGCCUCCACAUUAGCUCAUUUGGAAGACCUGGGUAUAGGUGGUCGUCUCCUUGGCUCCGAGUCCCUGCAGCAGCUGAGGUGCCUGUGUCUCUCUGGUUCCCAGUGACCGCCAUCAUGCUCUCCUCCCCACUCAGGGUGGCUGUGGUGUGCGUGAGCAAUGUCAACAGGAGCAUGGAGGCCCACAGCAUCCUCAGGAGAAAAGGGCUAAGUGUCCGGUCUUUUGGAACUGAAUCUCAUGUGAGGCUACCAGGACCAAGACCCAAUCGUCCUGUAGUUUAUGAUUUUGCAACAACAUAUAAGGAGAUGUACAAUGACCUCCUCAGGAAAGAUAGAGAACGCUACACCCGCAACGGAAUCUUACACAUCUUGGGAAGAAAUGAGAGAAUCAAGCCCGGUCCAGAAAGAUUUCAGGAGUGCACUGAUUUCUUUGAUGUCAUCUUCACCUGUGAGGAGAGUGUCUAUGACACAGUGGUGGAAGAUCUGUGUUCCAGAGAACAGCAGACCUUUCAGCCUGUGCACGUGAUCAACAUGGACAUCCAAGAUACCCUGGAAGAUGCCACCCUGGGAGCUCUCCUCAUCUGUGAGAUUUGCCAGUGCCUGCAGCAGUCAGACGACAUGGAAGACGAUCUGGAGGAGCUGCUGUUGCAAAUGGAGGAGAAGGCAGGAAAAAGCUUUCUUCACACCGUCUGCUUCUACUGAAGAUCUGGGCUGGCUUUGUCCCCUUCCUCAGUAAGAACUUAGGCAUGAGACUUUAGUCCGGAUUUAUUGUGAGAAGCAUCUGCGAAGACCUUCCAC